AAAAAAAACACACACACACACAAUUUUUCAACUCGCACCAAGAAUGAAGGGAGUCAAUGUUGCAAUGCUUGUGGUGGUGGCCCUGGCGGCGGCCCUGAUUGGUCUGCCGCCAGGCGAGGCUGUCUCGUGCAGCGACGUACAAGGCUCCCUCUCUCCGUGUCUGGCCUACUUGACCGGCAAUGGAGGAGCGGAGCCCACGGGCUCGUGCUGCGGGGGAAUGAGGAGCCUCGUGGGGAAUCUCGAGUCUCGACAGGAUAGGCAGACUGCGUGCAGCUGCAUCAAGUCUGCCGCCUCCAGUUACAAUGUCCGAUCAGACGCCGCCUCAAGUCUUCCCGGAAAAUGCGGCGUGUCCAUCGGGAUGUCGGUCAGCCCUGAUAUCGACUGCAACCAGGUAUCUUAAUUCAAAAGGAGAACAAAUUAGAGUGAGAGAGGCUCUAUGGGAGAUCAGCUUGCAUGCAUGCUUUUGUGUCCUUUUUUUUAUUUUAAUUUUUCUUUUUAAUUUUGUGUGUGUGUGGGGUUGAUGAGAGAUCUUUGGAGCAUGCUGUAACAUAAGGGCUUUCGUUAUAAUAAAUGAAUAAAACGAGUUUGGUUGUUUGAUUUUAAA